AUGGAUGAAACCGUCGCCAAAUUAUUAAAGGAACUUGAAGGUUCUUCAAAUUCCUUUCCAACAACAAAAGAGGCGUUAAAUGACAGAAAUUUAUCCCAAACGGUCUCUAGUGAACCGGAUUCUUCAUUCAACAACCAAAAGGCCGCUCAAGAACUUGCUUUUGUCGAAAAUAUUCACUCGUAUCCAGCAGCUUUACGCUAUGUUUUUUCGUUGCAAGCAAAAAACCCAGAGAGGUUGCGUAAAGUAAAGAAACUGAAAACCAUGCAGGAACGCCAAGAACGCGAUUGGUUCAUGGAGCGCCAAAGACUAAUUCAUCAUUAUCAGUCUAAAAACAAAAUAAAGAAUCUUCUGACGCCUCUCUCAACUUCUCGGAGUCAUGCAUCUUCUGUUGAUUUGCACUCUGCUACUGAUGCGAACUCUCUGAGUGAACACGACAGGGAACUUCAGGAAGCAUUAUUAGAAUUUGAUGAAAAAAUUGUAUUGCUAACGGAAAGAAUGUAUUCCGAUCAAAGAAAGACACUUUCCGAGAUGCAUAUUCCGCUAUUCCUCAUUCCUUCAUCAGAACCUUUGACAGAAGAACAGAGCAAGUUAAAACAGCUAUUACAGGAUCUGUUUAAUGAAUAA